GCGAAGCGGAGCGGACGGGCGCGGCGAGGGACCGACCGAUCCAGCAGCCAGCCGAGGCCGCGGAGCACAGGCGGGCGGGCGGACGCCACGACCUUGGAGGGACCUCCGGCCAGAAGGGCAACGACAGAGGCAGGGCAGGGGGCUGACCCGGAGUCAAGCCCCUCGAAGCCGAGAGCCUAUCCCCGAGCGCCGGCGAAGGAAGCCAGCCAGCCGCCGCCGCUCCGAGCCACCUCUCCGCGCGGCCCGCGAGCUUCAGUGCCCUGGCCGGGACCGGAAUGUCGAGCUCCCCGCUGGAGGAGCGCCGCUCGCCGGUGGGGCUGGACUGCUGCAGUUGCUGCCUGGACUUGGCCAACGGCCCCUUGGGCUACAACAGCAACUUGAGCCCCCUCCUCCAGCUGCGCGAGCAACUGGCGUGCGAGAGCCUCAGUGCCGCGGCCGAGCUGAGCCGCAUCAUGCGACAGGACUCAGUGGAACCGGUGGUGCGCGACCCCCGAUACCUACUCAGCCGCGGGAUCUGCAACCGGAACAUCGACCAGACGCUGCUCUCGAUCCUGCUCUUCUUCCACAGCGCGUCUGGGGCCAGCGUGGUCGCCAUUGACAACAAGAUCGAGCAGGCCAUGGAUCUGGUCAAGAAUCACCUGAUGUACGCCGUGAGGGAGGAGGUGGAGGUCCUGAAGGAACAGAUCAAGGAGCUGGCCGAGAAGAACUCGCGGCUGGAGCGGGAGAACAGCCUGCUGAAAAACCUGGCCAGCCCUGAACAGCUGCAGAAGUUCAGGUCCCGCUUGCCCCUGGAGGCGUUCUCCCCAGCCGCCCAGAAGAUGAGCCCAGGAACGGCUGCCCCAGCCCAGCACAGGGCAGGCUCUGCGGUGUAAGGUGGCUCUGUCCAUGGGGUGGGCAGAGCCACUGAACUUUUUCAACUUGAUCUCCAAGUGAACGUGGUUUCCUCACAUCUCCUUUGGAGGACUCCAUAGUGGUGCGAGGGGGCCCUUAAUCCAUGGCCCCUUCCUUGGGUUGGCCAGAGACUCUCCUGAGAAAAGGAGCAAGGUUGUGUUGGAGUUGUUAUGGGCACACAGUUGCUCUGCCUGCAGGAGACCCAGGUUUGCCUCCCCUUCCCGCCCCUCAGCAACUCCUAGAGACUGUGCUGAACGGGGGGUGCCUGUCUCAAGACAGACUGUUUGGGAGAAGCAUGUUGGUGGUUUUCUUCGAGCAGCAAAGAGGAAAGGCAGCCCCUGCCCGUCCUGGGAUGGGAACAGUCAGCUGUUGCUCCAACUGUACAUGAGCAGCUGGGGGGCUUUGCAAGGCUCCGCCCUUGGCCCCACACUGGCCCUCAUACUCAAGUCCCAGAGAUCUCUGUGCAUGGCAUGAGCUUGUUUCAGACUUGCACAUGUGGGGAACCCUGCCAAGAUGUGGACUGGGAUGAGGACUGCAUGCCAGUGGGAAGGUGCUUGCCCUUCUGUGGUUUGUCCACUGAGUUUUGCAUACUGACAACAACCUCCCCUCUGGGGGGGACUCAGUUCAGCUCCUUUACUGACGUUCCCUGUGGCCCCUGGAUCUGUUGAUGGGGACCAAGGGCCCUGCAUGGCCAAAGAGGAUUGCAGGGGUAGCAGAAAGAGGUGGCUGAGGGGCGCUGGCUUAAACACCCCCGAAAUGGGAGUCUUGCUUCUGUAGUGCACUCUCUGAGAAUGUGUGCACGGUGAGACAUUGCAAUAAAGUCUGUUUUACGCA